AUGAAGCUGGUGUUGCUCCUCGCGCUGGCUGCCCUCCCGUUUUGCUGCUAUGCAGGUUCUGGCUGCCAGCUUCUCGAAGAUGCUGUCGCCAAGACCAUCAACCCUAAUGUGACUGUGGCUGAAUACAAAGAGUUUCUUCAACCUUUCCUAAGAGGCCAGACCACUGCAGAGGCUGCGGGGGAACUCAAACAAUGUUUUCUCAUCCAGUCGAAGGAGACGCUGGCCAAUGUUCAACUGCUGAUGGACACAAUAUAUACCAGCCCAUACUGUGCAUUUUACUAACUUCGCACAAGAACUUUGUCUCUGAG